AAAAAAGAGGGAUUGGAUUUCGAAUCCCUUUUAUUUAUUUAUUUAUAUAUGUAAAAAAAGAAUUCAAACCCGGAUCAGAGAAUGUCAUCGGCGCCUUUCUCAUCAAUGUCGUCAUCUUCAUCGGCGGCAUCAAAGCAGCAAGCUCUGUUCAUAACGACCCUCAUCAUCUUUUGGUAUUCUAGCAACAUAGGAGUGAUUCUUCUCAACAAAUAUUUGCUCUCCAAUUAUGGAUUCGCCUUCCCGAUUUUCCUCACAAUGUGCCAUAUGAGUGCCUGUGCAAUCCUCAGUUAUGUUUCCAUUGUUUUCUUAAAGAUUGUGCCUUUACAGAGGAUCAAAUCCAUGUCCCAAUUCCUCAGGAUUGCGACCCUUAGCGUCGUGUUCUGUGCCUCUGUGGUGGGCGGCAACAUUUCCCUCAAGUAUCUGCCUGUGUCGUUCAAUCAGGCAGUGGGUGCUACGACGCCGUUUUUCACCGCUAUGUUUGCUUAUCUCAUGACCCUCAAGAGGGAAGCUUGGAUGACCUAUCUUUGUCUUGUCCCUGUGGUCGGUGGAGUCGUCAUUGCAAGUGGGGGAGAGCCAAGCUUCCAUUUGUUUGGAUUUCUCAUGUGCAUAGGGGCGACUGCUGCUAGAGCUUUCAAGUCUGUUCUCCAAGGUGUUCUUCUUUCUUCAGAAGGGGAGAAGUUGAACUCCAUGAAUUUGCUGCUUUACAUGUCCCCAGUUGCUGUUAUUGUUUUGUUGCCUGCAGCUCUUGUAAUGGAGCCAGAUGUGUUGGAUGUUACAAUAACACUUGGGAUGAAUCAUAGGUAUAUGGUUGUACUUCUUUUACUGAAUGCGGCAACUGCCUAUGGAGCCAAUUUGUGCAACUUUUUGGUUACCAAGCAUACAAGUGCAUUGACUCUCCAGGUUCUAGGCAAUGCAAAGGGCGCUGUGGCGGUUGUUAUCUCAAUUCUUAUUUUCCGAAAUCCUGUUACCUUUACCGGAAUUGCCGGCUACACGAUGACUGUUAUGGGGGUUGUUGCCUAUGGAGAAGCAAAGCGUAGAUACAAAUGAUUUUCCAGCUUCAUUGUGUCAAGCUCCAUACUUUAGGUCGUUUAGAGGAAUUUCCAGAAGUAGGCACAUUCUUCUCUGAGUUUUUGGGGAGGGAGGCAAGGAGAGAAUCAUCUGAUAGUCCUAUUUUUUACGCAUAAAAUUUGUUAGUUGAUGUACCAUACACUCAGCAAUUAACUAAUGAAACUUUUAACAUAUUGAUGUUCUUCCUAAGCUCUUUCUCUGCGCAUUAACUGUCUUCAAGUGGCUACUCUAUUCGAAUUCG